CCUCUCCUCCUCCCUCGCAUCCAUCCUCUGCACGAAGUCGUGCGUCUGUCUCUUCCUCCACCAUGUAGUGCAGACGGCGGAGCUCCAUCCAUGCCAUCUUUCUCCUCAUCGGCUCUCUCAUCCUCCGGUGCUAUCGCGACAUAAACAUAUCCUGCUCACAUGAUGCUGCAUCUGGGAGAUGAGGUGGUGUAUUUUUCGGCGGUGUUUCUGCUGGUGAUGCUGGGGACGAGGAGCGCAGCGGGGGCCUCCCUGCUCACCGCUUGCCUCUAUGUCUUCAUGGUGAUGUUCCGGUUUCCUCCGGUGCCGGCGGACCAGGCCGGCCGCGUCCUCCGGCCGAGGGCUCCGUCAGGCGGCGUGCCGGUGGUGGCGCAUCGCGGGGGGAGCCACGACGCUCCGGAGAACACGUUGACAGCGAUCAGAGAGGCUAGUAGAAACGGGGCAACUGGAGUGGAGCUGGACCUGAGUUUUACCGCUGAUGGAGUGGCCGUACUGAUGCAUGAUGAGACCGUGGACCGCACCACUAAUGGAUCUGGACCAGUCAGCAAACUGCAGUUUGUCCAGCUCAAGAGACUCGAUGCUGCUGCCAGACACAGGCUAAAGGACAAAUUCAGUGUUGAGAGGGUCCCAACUCUGCAGGAGGCGGUGCAGGAGUGCAUCAAACACCAGCUGACCAUCUUCUUCGAUGUCAAAGGCCAACCUGAUAAGGCUGUGUCGGCUCUUCAUGAGAUGUACAAGAAGUUCCCUGUCCUUUACAACUCCAGUAUCGUCUCUUCCUUUGAACCCAAAGUCAUCUACAAGAUGCGUCAGACUGACCCCAACGUGGUCACAGCUCUCACCCACCGACCCUGGAGACUGAGCCGUUUCGACGACGGCACUCCCCGGAGCGUGUCCACGUGGGGUCAGCUGUGGACUGGGGUUCUGGACGUCUUAUUGGACUGGGCCCAUCACCACAUACUGUGGAAACUGUGUGGAGUCUCUGCCAUCCUCGUGCAGAAAGACUUCCUCUCACUGGACUAUGUUCAGUACUGGGCAGAGCGAGGCGUGGAGGUGGUGGGCUGGACUGUUAACACCGCCGUGGAGAAAGACUACUACCAAAACCUGCUGAAGAUCGGCUACAUCACUGACAGCCUGCUGGAGGACUGUGACUCUCAUUACUGAAUGUUCACACUUAUACACACCCGUACAUGUUUAACUGGGUCACUUUUAGGAACAUUACAAACUGUAGAUCCAGGCUGAGUUUCUACUGCAAGGACUUUCACAAAGAACCAGGCACCUGAGUCUUUUGGACCUUAUUUCCCCCCCCAAUAUAGGUCCCUGAUAGGCACUGAACAUUUCUAACUAGUCUAUCAUCACAUAACUCAGGAGAGUCUAUUGAAAGUCUGCAGGUUAAUUUGCCCCUUGUUCAUGGCUCUUUAGAUCUAGGUGGAAACGUACAACAAUGUACUGGAGGAACCUUUUACUCUCUUACUAAGUAGAUCCUGGUCAAAAAAUAGUCCCGGGUACUUCUGGUGGAAACACGGCUUUAUAUUCUUCUCCUUGAGACUUGCCCUGACCCUGACCUUAACCACUGACCCCAAAAUAUCCCUUUUUUCUAAUUGGGGGCUGGGGGAUUGUGUCCCCUUUUGGAUACACUAACCCCAAUUAACCAGUCUUUAGUCUGAAAUGUGUCCCUGAAUAGAAGGCUAAGUGAUGAAACACACACACACACACACACACACACACACACACACACACACACACACACACACACACACACACACACACACACACACACACACACACACACACACACACACACAGAGGUUUUAGAUAUACAAGAAUUAUGAAAUCCUAAAAGUAUCCAACUUGUAUACAUUUUAUUUUUUAAAGCUUCUUCAUUUAAAAAUACAAGUAGGAAAAUUAGAUUAUAACAGUAAUGACAGCAUUUUCCAGUUUCUUGUUCUGUGAAUUAACUCGAGAUACUGAAAGGAAAAAGUGAAUUUAAAUUGUUUUUAAGAAUGCUAGAAAUGAUGUGCUCAUGAGCUCUGCACUGUAGUGAAAAUCAAAUAAGAUAAGACCUGCCUCCAUAUAUUCAUGUCCUUAUCUUACUACCAGCAGCUAUACCUCCAGCUCUCCUGGAACAGGGAUUAGGAUUACACUACCUUAAAGAUCUUUUCUACCUUCUGAGCUUUGAUGCACCUUUAAAGAGACAUCAGUGUAUAUACUUGUAACAUCAGACUCAUCGGCAUCAUAUCAAUAUCUGCUGUAGUGAUAUUUAUAUAACAGUGGACUCUAGAGGAUCUAUUGUAAAUACUGUGCAGGUUGAAGUGAUGAUUGUUUUUUUUUCCAGAACUAUAGCUUCUGUUAAUAACUUGAAAAAAAAAGAGAAACAAAUGUGCCUGCAAAGAAUUUAACCUUUUAAGGCCUCGGCUAGUGGAUUACCAUAAUAUCUGAUUGUAUAGUCAACGGAUUUACCCUUGAGGGAAAGUAAACACACCACUGAACCUGGGAGUAUGUUUUCUGCAGUUGAAGACAGAGAUGAGUCCAGAUAAGCACUUUAAAUGUGCCCAUUAUAGGGACAUAGGGACUUUUAUGUGACAAUGGCUAAACUAAACCUGGUCAUUUAUUAACAUUUUAACAAUUUCACUUUUCACUUGUUUAUCUUCCCACAUUAAGUUCUCAUACAUAGAGUUCUGCACCUUGGCACCUUUGACAAGAGGACAUUUGAAUUCCCUUCACUUUUUGACUACGUUCACCUUCAAGAACUGUAGGGAGUGUUAGGAGUAGCAUGAUGAAGCCAACCGUGUGGUAUUUGCCUUUAAUUAUCAAAUAUAUCAUCUAAAUUCCCAGAUACAAUUCAGCUGACAUGAAGUCAUCAUUGACAAAAAAAAAAGGUGACACCAUUAUCACCAUCAAUGUGUUGCUCAGAGAUUAAAGAAAAAUCAAUAUUU